AAACGAGAGAAUUGAAAAUUUAAAGAAGGGGUACGAGAAGGAACAAAUGAUUGUGCCAGUGUGUCCACAGAAAAAGUGAAACACACUCGCUUGACCGGAGGAAGAACAUGCUAGGGAGAUGCAAAAGUGCUGUCUUCAGUUGAUGAAGUGAGAUGGAAAAAUAUAUAAGAUGGCCAAUAUUAAUGAAGUGAUUAAUGGGCUUUAUGAGGCCCUCGUGAAGGUGAGAUAUCCUGGUGUAACGAAUAUCGAAUGUGGAGACCUAGAGAAUACUCUUUUGGCCCAGAAUGACAGGAAUAAAUUAUUGCACUGGCUGUUGGUGCAGAGUUUGAGGGCUAUUAGUUCAACUGCUGAUGAACCCAAAGCUGAUGAUGAAUCAUUAGUGAAGUGGUAUAUUCAAUUAGGCAUUUGCGAUAACAAGGCAGCUCUUCUGGGUCAAUGUCCAAUAAAAGAUCAAUUGGAUACUCUCAUAAGACUGACGAGAUUCGUAAUGAAUGUCCUGGGGGUUAACGGUGAGAAGAAGGUGAUCCCUGAGGAAGCAGAGAAUAUUCUAGACAGGUACCUGAAUACCGAAAUAAAUUUGAUUCCCUCGUCCUGUAAAUUAACGACUAAACUGGGAUACAACGAGGCUAAACGCUACAUGAAGAAGUUGAGUGAGAGCGUGAAGGAACAUGCACCUCCAUCAACUUUUGCCUCUAUAGACAAAACCGAUAAUCCCCAAGAUUUAGAGGGAAAAACAGACCAAUUGGAUGAACAAACACUUUCUGCAUCUGCCGAAACUGUCGAGAAGUUCUGCGCUGCUUUUCAAGAUAUCGAUAAGUGGGUAAAACUUCCAGAGGAGUCCAGAGAUACAUCCACGGAAUUAAUAGAUAAUUACAUUGAGAACAUUCACAGUAAUUUCUCUACGUUAAAUGAGACUCUUCAAAACAAAAAUGAGAUCCUCAAGGCAGUUAUUCCCACAGGACUAGACACAGGAACGUAUCCACUGGACCAAAUUAUCCAAGAUACAGUGAUCGGUCUAGAAGAGCUUCAAAAAGUCACGGAUAGAAAUGACAACUGAAUAUUAAUAUUAUAAAUAUUAUUAUGAUCAUUAUAAUACUAUUAAUAUUAUAACAGAAUCUCGGUAGAGUCGCACUUCUCCCUAAUUUCUUUUUACGCGUAUCUUUCGGUUCGCCCAUUCUAGUACAUACCUCCGGACUAAACAGUAAACAAAUCGAUUGUAUCGUCCGGCGAGGAAUUUAAUUCUAGGCAAAGUAAAGCCAAAAAAUAAAUUUCUUUUGUAUUUGAA